AUGGCGGCUUUUCUACCGUUUGGAUGGCCCACAAUCUUCAAACCCAGUCGGAUGUCGCCCUCAAAGAUCAUGUCUUCGGGUGAUUAUGGCAAGCAUGAAUAUCACAUGCAGGAGGUAAUUCUUCAAGAUGUCCAAGAUACCUCUCACCUUGUUACAUAUCUGGGAACUUUUCUUCUUCAUGGGGAUGGCUGUAACCACCGAGUGCUGGUAUUUCCCUUGCGCGGUCCUGCUGUCAAUUGGGAUGUGCCAACAAGGCCAUUGCCAGCUCAUAUGUCUGCUGCUCGACAGCUCUUGGAGGCGCUAGCAAACCUCCACAAGAGUGGAAUCGUGCACCGUGGAGAACUUAUUAAACCCAUUCAGGUUCCUGAGGAUUUGCGCACAAAUAUGUUCUAUCUUGGUGAUUUUGGUCAAGCAGCGAAGAUUGGUUCUUCAGCAAUUCCGGCUGGCGAACCACCUAUCCAGUAUUGCUCGCCUGAUCGGCUUCAUAAGAAAGGCUCAACUCCCGCCUGUGAUAUGUGGAGCUACAUGUGUAUUUUCGCCCAGCUCUAUAUUGGCUGGGUUCCCUUCAAUAUUUAUCAGCGUGGGAUAAUCGCCAGCAUCAUCAGAAUCGCGGGCCCACUACCUGAGCAAUGGAAGGGCCAUUAUGUUGAUCCUCACGACAGCCGUGAUGAAUGGUAUUAUCAAAAUCAGCCUUUUAAUCCCGAAGCCGUACUGAAUCAGUACCUUCGCAAGGAUAUUGACCCAGUUGAGCGGCGACUCGUGAUAUCAGUGAUGUCUAGAGGGUUUUGUGCCGGUCCCGAGAAACGUCUGACGGCAGCACAACUUUUACAAGACCCUUCAUUUAAAGCUAUCAUGGAUAUAUAUUGCCCUUGA